AUGUUUUUCUCUACGGGUGAGGACGGCUGCUUCACUGAGCCAAUAAUAAUUAGGUCCUCAUUGCGUUCUUCCUUAGUCCUUUCAUCCUGUCUGAAGCAGAUAAGAAUACCUUUCUAUAGCUUGAACGCCGUUGGCUUCCACACAAUUUUUCGUCCUUUCAGAAAGAAAAAAGAGAACAACACGACAUCAACCAUCGCCUCAGAACGCGAAUACCGAGUCGAGGCCAUCACUCGUUUCGUCCUAGCUUUGAGCAACCAGCAACUGGUUACGGGCCUAGCUAUACUCACUAGUACUCUUGUAAAUCAUUGUAGCCUUCAUACUUUCAGGCUUCUAAAAGUUAAUUCCAUAGCCUAUUUUUCUACAACAACUCACCUGGUAACGAUAAAGAGUUUACUCUGGCCCCAAAAUCGUAUAAACACGAGGUUCAGACCAUAA